AUUUACGUCAUAGACAACAACAUAAAAAUGUGCCACGCGAUCAAAAAAUUAUAAAAUUAUUAAUUUGACAGUAACCAAAUAUCCAAACACGUGCCAAUUAAUUAAUCUCUGUUAAAACUUAGACAAAUAACGGAAUUAAAUGAAGUGAAAUGUAAUUAUCCAACAACUAGUUGCAUUUCUAGUUGCCAAACAAAAAGGGCUAAACCUGGUAACAUUCCAAAAACAAACUCGUUCGUGUGAUGAUGAACUUGUGAACCGGCGUCGCUGUGGCAUUUUAGUGUGACUGGGACUUUUUGUGUUCGUUCUUUGUUCGUUAUAUUUGUCGCAAAUGAAGUAAACAACUGUUCAUAGUGUGAGCUUUAUUAGUAUUUUGGUUUCUGUAGUGUAGUUUUUACAAUAAAAGAACAAUGAUAAAAAACGAAAUGGAGAAUGGCGGCGGCGACGCCAACAAUGUGUCACCGACCAAACUCAUGGUCAAUUACAUCCCCGAACUGAUGACGCGCGAUAUGAUGUACGCUCUCUUUUCCGCCAUGGGCAAGAUAGAGAGUUGCAAGCUCAUAGCCAACCGGGGUUACGGCUUCGUCGAGUACGAGAAACACGAGGAUGCCGAGAAGGCGCGGGCGGCGUUCAACGGCCUCCUCAUGCAAGGCAAGACUCUGAAAGUGUCAUUCGCACUACUCAACCCCGAAAAUAAGGUCAGCCAUAAACCUGACACAGAAUCUAACCUUUAUAUUAGCAAUCUACCUCCAGACAUGACGUUAGAACGUCUCAAUAGUUUAUUCAGUCAGUUCGGUGUGAUAACGAACAGUCGAGUGUCACAAGGCAUCGGGUUCGUCUGCUACGAGACACGGCCGCAGGCCGAGGAGGCGAUAAAACACAUGAACGGACAGUCUCCGAUACCAGCGGCGGGCGCCAUCGUCGUCAAGUUCGCGAACAAGCCAAAUGCGAAUAAGAAUGCGCCACGGCCGGCGCCCCGCGUUGGGGUGGGCGCUGCGCCGCUCGCCUACAACGGCGCCACAGCUGUGUUCAACGGUACCGCGCCCGCUGCGUUCAACGGCACCAACUUGAGCGCGGCGUUCGGCGCGCGGCCGGCUGCCUUUGCUCCUGGUUUCCCACAGGCUUCCCCGCCGCCCCUGCUGCCGUCGCCCGGCAAAGCGCUGCCGUUCAUCAACAAGGGCCAGCAGCGGUUCAACCCCAUGGCGGCCACGAACCACACGCCCCUGCCUCUGCUGGGCGCGCCCGCCAGCCCUGUACCGCUACUGGGCGCGGCGCCUGCGCCCCACCAGACCACAGUGUAUGUAUACAACAUUGGUGAGGACACGGAGGAACUGGCUCUAUGGCAACUUUUUGGUCCAUAUGGUGCCAUUGAUUCCAUAAAGGUGAUCAAAGAUCCGGAAACAAAGAAAAACAAAGGUUUUGCAUUUGUGAACAUGCGUGAGUAUGAUGAGGCUGCUAUGGCCAUUCAGGCGCUCAAUGGAUACACGCUCAACGGACAGGUUCUAUCAGUUAGCUUUAAGACUCAGAAGAGAAAUAAUUAAGAUGUGUACGGACGUUGUGAACGCCGUAACUUUUGUGAUCGUUCCCAGGCCGAAUGCUUAAGAAAGAUUUUCAUUCCAAUUUCAGAUUAUUUUUGUAGACGGAAAGCGAGAUCCUAUAUGUGCAUUUCAAAUUAGUCACAUAAGUAUUUUUGUAAGAUUUAACAUAGUUUUAUAUUCGCGAGAGCGCGACAUGACUAUUUGUGAGUUUAGUUGGCUUGACAGUAUCAUAUAUGUGUACACUUUUUAUCAUAUGCUAUGGUAUUAUAUUAUUGGACUAUAUAUGGACCUGUCGCACUAUGUAUAUCUGCCGCGGGCGCCUGGGCGCGCCCCGCCUCAGCUAAUGCCGCCCCGGCGCCCGUCAAUAACCCUCCAGGUAUUUUAUUUUGUGUAAAACAAAACAUUGUAUGUUUUUUAAUCUUUAAUAAAUUUCAUGUUUAAAUAGAGUUUAUUGUAUAUUUCUCUAUUUUUUUUUUCUAUAUACUUAAUCCCCGCCCUGUCGUGUCCUUUAUUUACUUACAUAAUAUACGUAAUAAUACAUAAUAUAAUUAUUUGUGGCAGUAGUUUAACAUGUACAUAAUAUAUACUUGUGUGUAUUGUCUGUCGGCGGCAGGUCGGCUGUGUAAAACGCUUAAAUAUUGCAUGUUGUGUACGUAGUGAGAGAUCAGAAAUAAGUUUUUAUUUGUUUAUGUUACCUCAGGGUUUAUGGUUCCCGUUAUUGUUUAAUUCCGUCAUUAGUAAUUAUUAUUUUUGGCGCAGUAGCAAGUCAGGCCUUCUAAUUUCUAAAAUGUAGUGUAACAAGCUGUGUGAAUGUAUUUAUUAUUGAAAACCGUCGUGGACGAAUGAAAAGUGAGCUUUAAUCUCUUAUACAUUUUUAAGGCUUCGAGUCAGUCCAUUAGGAUAGGGUACGUAGGCGUCGCGAGCGUGCUGGCGCGCAGACCAUGUACUCCGCAGGGAUAACUGUUAUCUGGACGCGCCAGACCAUAGGAAGCCGAUAAGAUAAUACUGGAAUACCGACAAUGAUGUGGUCCAAACUAAUUUUCCUACUCACAAUUAGACUGCCACAAAUUAGACUAAAAGCACUAGGUGCCUAUCCCUCCGUGCCUCUUACUCGGGACAAUUAAGUACCAAACAACAGUUUUAGGAGAGAAAGUAGAAAGUAAGUAUUACGCCGUGACAUCUAGAUGGUGAGUAAUCAUGUAUUAUUUUUAACGUAACGUAUGUUUCAAUUCAAGUAAUUCUAGUCCGCUAGGGAUAGCUAAAUGUUGUUUGAACUAAGUAAUUUUGAUACUUUUGUAGUUACAUGUUGAUUGUAUUCUGUUAUCAGAUUUUGGGUAGGUACAAUAAUCCGUCAGCUAUAAAUUGUUAAGUUUAAUGCCUUUUCUUGCGAUAAACCCUAAGUUGUAAAAUAAGAAAUACUGUAAACCGACACGUGUCGGUCACAUAAUAAAUACAUUAUGGCUACCUUGAAGUAACUGAACGAACUGACCGCUGACGAGUUAUUGCAAAGUCGAAAUCAUUUCCCCGAUGCCCCAUAUCGCUACAGUUACUAUCAAUAAACCCAUGAGUCAUAUGUCCCCACCUUAGAAAGUAAAGCAGCCGUAUUUAUUUUGCAUUACAUAGCUUUCAGACUGACUCAUCGAUAAUUAAAUGUUUGGAACAUCAAAAUUGUAUGUCCCAUAUUAACAUACACUGUAAGAUUUUCUUCCUGUCAGGGUAUUAUAAUACCCUAACUAAUUGCCAAAAUUAUUGAUCUGUAAGAUUAGUUAGAUGUUUUUAUUGAAACUGGGAAAUUGAGUUUUCGUGCCUUUGGUCGCACAAAAAUGUUGCCAAAACAUGCCAAGCAUGUUGCUGUUAGGGUAAUUGGAGCUUCACAGAUCUGAACGUUCGACAACGAUCAGCGAGUGGUCGCCGUAACUCGCAUAUUGUUAUUCACAUGACGUAACUAGUUGAUAGAUAACUCGGUCCAAUGCACUGAUACCUAAAUUAAAGCUUACUAAACUCGACAGCUAAGUGCUCUAUUGAAGUAUCGUCCCCGAAUCUUGUGUACAUUGUUAUUAAUACGUUUUCGGCCAUAACGCCUUUCCCGCCAUUUUCCUUGUGUAUUGACGUCACAACAAGAUGAAAUGCGUAAAUUAGCUUAACGUUCUGACUGGUUCCAAAACGUGUAGGUAAUUUUAGUCUAGGUUUUACGAAGUGAAUUAUCUAAAAUUCUUUACCUAUUGGUAUCUUGAUGUAAGAGCAUUGCUUGUAUUGCGGUGUGUGAUAUAAAAAUUCGUACGGCUAACGAAGUCUAUUGAGUGUCGUCCUUGCCCAAAAUAGACGGGCCUAAAAGUCCUGUCUAGGUGGAUCCUGCCUUGAAUAAUAAUACUCCCUAAGCGGAUAAAAAUACAUCGAGUGAAUAUGUCUGCGUCGUCAACGAAAUAAAGUAAAUCGAUACUAUGUCUAGGUACCCCUAGGUUUUGUUUUUCAUGUUUUCAUAAAAUAAUGCUCUAUAAAUGGAAAUAUCUUGAGCUUGUCGGAACGCAUGUGUGCAAACUCUCGGUCAAUGAGUUUAGGACUCGCCGUCCUCUCAAGGGCAAAAUACAUAUAAAUAUUUGCUAAAGAUUCGACGACCUCUUUCCCUAUGUCUGACGCCAGACUAGUCUGAGGACCAGUGCCGCCACAACAUGUAAAUCUAGAAUAUUCUCAAUUAGAUACUUGAUAUUUUACAUUUCAAUGUCAUUAGAAUCAUAUUGUGCAUAAAUUUUGAGGCACAUUUGAAAAGGCUUCUGUGAGAUGAUAUUGAACUUUGAAACUAAGAAAUUUGUUUCGCAUUUUCGGUCGGCUGGUAUUGAUUUUUUCAUAAGGAUUGGAUUGGCGACGAAGCCUGGCGUCUAAUGAAUUACUAAGUUAGACUGAUAUCUACCUUAGGGAUUGAUUGUGGCAGAAGUAUAUAAAACAUAAUGACGACACCACAAAAAGAAAAAGACGUAAAUAAUUUGCCCUCUAACUUUUCUGCGGCGUAGCCCAUAUUAUGCAAAUUUGGAUGUCCGAAGCAAUUUAAGUAACACGUUGUUGGUUUAAGUAAUAUACAACUCAAAUACCGUUAUCGACAAGCUAGAUAGAUGUCUGUAAUCAAGUAAUUUGUAUUUUAAGUUUGCAACACCUGAGUUAUAGCGGUUACGCAUAAUGAUUUGAAUAACCGUAGCGUAAAGACCCACCUCAUAGUCUCGCACUUUUUCUCAGAACUCGUAAAGUACUUUUUUUGCUAUAAAAUAAGUUAAUUAGUAUUCAGUACAUGUGCGAAGAAGUUUAUAGAAUGUUUCUUGUCAGAUCGCUCAAAUUUUAUUAAAUAUUUAUUCAUUUUCAUGUAACCACGUAAACUACGGUAGCUUUUAUGAUACGUACAUAGCAUCAAUUAUUUCUGCUCAAAUCGUGCACGUAAUUGUUACGUUUAAUAGUACAGGAAUUAGAUACACACGUAAUGUAAAAGCCAUGUAAUACCUACGUAAAAUGUUUUUUAUAAGUAUAUAAAAAAAAAGAAACCAUGAAAACUAAGAUUUGUUUCCAAGGGGAGCAUUGGUUCGUGAACAUGAGUUUACUAUUAGAAAGACUAUUCUACUCUUACUUUUUACAUUAUAAUUCCACCGCAAACGAAAACUUGUCUCAUAAUGCAAUUCUAUACACUAUGUGAACACUGACGAAUGUGAGUAGCAGCGCAACUUGAUGAGUUUUUUUUAUUACAAAGAAACGAAUAUCUCGUAAAAGUAUAAUAUUUCGCCUUUCGUGUUUCUGAGGCUCGAAUUUCAAAAUAAUCCCCUUAAAUUCCGUUGUAAUGGGUGCUUAGGCUUACCGUGUCGACGUAAAUGCCCCUCGAAUGUUGCUAGCUUGUGGGAUUUCGAUGAGUCAGUUUUAAAACCAAUUGUUUAGAAGCAUGUUAACAUUAGAUUUGACGGUCAUGCAUUAACGCAGACGCGAAGGACGCCAUUCUUUUUUCGUUUUAUCUCACACAGGUGCUAUGCUAAUGAGUCGUCUGCUACAGGCAAGCAAGUUUUUUUUCCUCACCGGCUACUAUCAGUAUACUUAAUGUUCAUAAACCGGUCAGCUCAAAGAUCUGACUUCCUCGACUCGCACUCUAAGCGCAUUCUAAUCCCAAUACUAUUCUUGUAAGCAAAUCACGCUACGAAAUCCAUUUUGUUUGCAUUGUAAAUAUUUGCUGUUGCUUUUGGUGGUUGCAAUUUAUUUCAAUACACGUCGACGCCUGUCUAGUUAAUCUUAUUGAUUGCUCUAUCUAGCUCGUUUGUUUGAGGAUUAUAUUCGAAAGUUAGUUUCGAAGUUUUGCGAACUUUAUGAUAAAGAAAUCUCUGAUGAGAAUAUGAUAUUUUUUCUGACGGAAGACGUUUUUCGCAAUGUACGUAGAAGAUGGUCAUAAAAUCUGGCGAUAUCCAGCUUCGGGUAUUAACAUGUUGUGACGUGUUCCCUGUUCCCGUUAUCCGAGAUUUAUGGCGGCGGAAGCUGUUGUUGGCCACGACUACACCGAAAUAGACUGCAGGCAGGACCUGAACAAUAAAUGACAAAAUAUUACAAUUCUGUAGUUUCAACCAACAACCCGGACCGAUAACUUCAUUUCAUAUGAUUUAAUUAAGCGAUAAGAAGCUUAUUAUAUUCAUAAAACUAUAUAAAACCGUAUAAAUAAAAUACAAAAGGUCAAGGCUUUAAAACUGACGCGUUCUUUGAAAGUAUACGAAAUAAAUGCGACGACCAUUGAAAAUGUUAAACAUCCAGAAGCAACUACAAACAAGAUUUUAAUUGUAAAAUAGAGCGAGUGUAGGGAGACUGGUUUUAGAUCGUUUCGAAACUACAAUACGGACGAUAAAAAUAAAUAUCACUCAUUGAUAUUCUGAAACUGAAAAUGUAAGCAAGCGAUGGUUGAAUAAUGCCCACCAAAAUGUGUGUGUUUAGGUGUUCUUCAUUGUAUGUUUGGUUAGAAGACAAACGGAUAGAUUCUAGUUCCCGCGGUUAAGUUUAGAAUUUUACAUAGGAAUGGAAUGGAUGUUGGAAUCUUCGAAACGAUAUAAAAUGCUUUUUAUUGAGAAGGACUUCAAAAGAAUGAUGGAUUGUUGGUGAUAUGAAAUCUUUCCACCGAUGUGCCAGAUGUAGUUAUGCGUGUAAUUUAAUUGGCCCCUUGCCACAAGAGUAACGUGCACAAAGACAGGUUCAAUGAAAGGAGGUAUCAAGACCUCCUACAUAUUAAUUGAACAAAUUCAAUAGGCAGCAGAUUUAAAAGCUUUUCAGCACGAUUGAAACCUAUCUAUAUUUUUCUAAUAUCGUUAUUACAAGCAAACUGGAUUUUACAACCUGAAUAAGAAUAGUAAUGGUUGUUUAGACGAAGCAUUAACAUAUUUCGUAGAUGCGAUAACUUUUUUAUUGAGAAUGUGCAGAUUUUUUGAACUAUUAUUAAAGAUUAUUGCUUCCUAACGCGUGAGAUAAACACGAAUCGAGCUCUGAAUGUCAACAUUCGAGGUCGUUAUAUUGUGUGCACGAAAAUUAUUUAAAAUCGACUUUAUGGUUUGCAUUUAUGCUUCCACUGUUCGUAAAAUAAAUCAUUCGGUCGGGUAUUGUUUUGUAAAUGUUACAAAUAAUGGGGUAACUGCCGAUUUCUGACUGUUUACGUUCAAUUGACUGAAUGUUGUGUUGUAGACUUGUAUCAUAUUCACAAAAAUAUUCCAUGAAAUGCGUAUUUGUUUAGAUUGAAAUACCAGUUAAUGGUAGCCAGAAUAAACUUCAGGAGAAAUUAUUAUAAACUUUGCUGACACAUCUAUUAUGUCCUUAGAAUGGAAAGAAAUUAAGUCGAGAGAACUUUUUAACUUAUACAUUAUUUUAUUUAGUUUACGUAGUAAUAAAACCUAAUCAGCUUUCUGUUCUAAGAACAUAAACUUCAAAGUUUUUUCCACUAGUCAAAUGGACUUAACUUCUCUAGAAAUAAGACGAAAUAGAGAUUAGAAGGAUGUAAGGGCACUUGAUUGUGAUAUUUCUGGUAAUUUCCAGUACUUAGAAAUAAGAACUUUGGUUCUAAACCUAAAUUAUAAUGCUUAAUUGGAUUAUUGUCACAGGGUGUUUUUGAUAUGUUUUUAUUUAAAGUUUCUCCAUUUUAUUGAUUUUUAAAUUCCUUACCCUGUGUAUUUAUGGAACAUAGUUCUUGUAUUUUGUUAUAAGGUUAUUUUAUUAAUAAAGGCAUAAUUUAAGAUAUACCUAUCAAUUUUUACGCGAUUUUACUGCAGGUUUAAAAUACCUAUUCAUAAAUAGCAAAGUUAGUAAUGGCACUUUGGCAAAUUGAUUCGAUUUAUGAGAUUAAAAUAAUGCUGCAGACGUAGCUACUAUGUGAUAAAUAUUUACGAAAGUUCGACUUGAAGAUAAACUGUAACGAUGAGAGAAAAUUACGCAAGUGCCGUGAGAAAUGAACCGUCGGGAAGUUUCCCGUCUAUUGUACAGUGUGCGAUCGAUUUGUCAAAAGUGCUCUUGGCUAAUUUGCAGUAGCUACCACUCCUGUCUUACCACAGAAAUGUUUUAAAAAGUAUUCUGUCUACUCAGGCGUAUGCUACACAGCCAAGCUUAGUCUUGCAUAAAGGGAACAAUCAAACU